GUUCUGUUCUAUCCAAAUAUUGGGUCCACGCACUCUUGCACUUUUGCCCUUUCCCUAUUUUUUACAAACAAAAUAUUUUCUUCCGAAGAAUCCCUAAUUUCUGCUUCAAUUUCUCGAGAACCCAUUUUGAUUUCGGGGCUGUUGAUUGAUUUGAGUGCAUUGAUCUGGUGCUGAGAGGGGUGUUCUGCUUCCUCAGGCUUUCUCGUUGUGGGCGGUGUAAGAAUUCUUCUUUCUCUCGCGUAAUUUCUCCUGGAUUCUUGAGCAAGAAUCAAUUUUGGUGGUGGAAUUUUGCUGUAUAGGCAAGUGGGCUUGCUUUGUUUGUGAUAUAUUGUAAUAACGAGGGUGGGUGAGUUUUGGGAGUAGUUUUUCUUUAUAUGGGGGUAGAUUCAAUUAUCAGUUCUUGAAAUUUGACAAGUCGGAUUUUCAUGAUAAACAACGGUUUGUCUUGGGAAAAAGGGGUCUGAUCUUGAUAUCUGGGAGAUGGGUGUAUUUCGAGGUGAUUUGUGUGAAUUGUUGGAGAUUUUCAGCAAGUGGAGAGUAAGUUUUGUUUAGUUUAGAAGGAAGGAAGAAAGAGAAGAAGGUAGUUAAGGGGUGAGGAUGAAGAGGGGGAAAGAUGAGGAGAAGAUUAUGGGGCCUAUGUUUCCAAGGCUUCAUGUGAAUGAUACUGAGAAAGGAGGGCCGAGAGCACCUCCAAGAAACAAAAUGGCCCUUUAUGAGCAGCUAAGCAUUCCUUCUCAGAGAUUCAGUCAUCAAAUGCUUCCCCUUAACCCGAAUAAUGCCAGUUUGGUGCCUCCUUCUGAUCAGGGACUUGCAAAUGAAAGGGGCAUGUUUUACACUUAUCAGCUGCCUAAUAGACAUCAAUCUGAGAAACAAUACAGCCAAUAUUCUGAUUUGAGCACUCCAUUGACAAAAGUUAAGCAGAGAAAGAAGUUGGAUGAAGAUGACUUUAGAGUCCCAAUUUUCGUCCAGUCGGUUCCAAGUCAAGAAUAUGGUAAAUAUACUUAUGACAGGGAAAAUCUCUCCCCCUCCAACCAUUCUAAUUCCAAUCACCCAUCGAAAAAGCAAGGAGGCAAAUGCCAGACAGAAGAGAAUCCAGAAGAGUUUUCGACUGACCGGGUUAAAGCCAUCUCAAACUCAUCACCUAUUGAAAAAGCUGAAGGUCUGAAGAAGCAAACUGAUUCAUCUUUGUGCCAUGAACCAGGAGAUAAUCCUGCUGAUAGUGUUGACAGGUUAAAGACUGAUGACAAUGUUGAGACAGAUCUCUGUGCUGAGUCAGAACCUGUUUUGUCGGAGAACAUUGCAACAGUAGACAAAAGAAAUUCUUCUACUUCAGUGAGGUCAUCACCAUCGGAAGAUCAGAAUAUUUGCCAUGACCUCAGUAAUGAGACAGAAUCUCGUGAAGACGGGUCGAGUAGAUCAUUGCAGAUGAGGAAACUGGAGAGGGGUGACAGUGUGUCUGAGAGUUCUGGUGUGGAUUCUCUCUCCAGGCCGGAUAUAACACCUGAUGAUGUGGUAGGAAUAAUCGGCCAGAAACGUUUCUGGAAAGCCAGAAGAGCUAUUGCUAAUCAACAAAGAGUUUUUGCAGUUCAAGUAUUUGAGUUGCAUAGAUUGGUGAAGGUUCAGAGAUUGAUUGCUGCAUCACCACAUCUUUUGCUCGACGACUCAGCUUAUGUAGGCAAACCAAUGAAGUCUACACCUGGAAAAAGAACCCUGUUGAAUUAUCCUGUUAAAGCAGCUAUUCCUGAUGUUUCCAAGGAAAAAGGUGAAUCAGAGAAGCCUAGUCGCAGGAAUGAAAGCUCGGCCGAAAAUACCCUUGGCCGAGGGUCUUUUUCUUCCACACAAGCCGGUGUACCUCCCCAAAGCUGCAUGCCCGUGAGCAGCAACUCUCAAGCACCACCGAUGAAUAGCGACCAUAAUGCUGGGCCGGGGUGUUUCAACCAACCGCAUGGGUACCAUUGGUUAAUUCCUGUUAUGUCUCCUUCUGAAGGGCUAAUCUAUAAACCAUAUCCUGGACCUGGGUUCGUGGGUCCAGCCUGCGGAGGUUGUGGGCCCCCUGGAUCAAAUCCAAUGAUGGGUAAUAUAAUGGGUCCUGCAUAUGGAGUUCCGGCUCCACAUCCUCAGUAUCAGUGGCCGCCAACUUUUCCCCUGGCUGGGCCUCAUGGGUACUUUCCUCCAUACAGCAUGCCAAUGAUGACAUUAUCAGGCUCAUCUGUCGACCAAAUGAACAUCCCAUCUAUUCGAGGUCAAGCUUCGACCGGGGAAGCCAAUGUCAACGUCCAACUUCACAAGUCAUAUGCUAUGCCGAGCAACAACAACCAAGCUUCUCCCGAGGCUUUGAACAAUGUGCAUGUAUCUAAAGAUAUGGAAGUACAAGCCAGCACGGAAAGUAGCCCUAUUGAUGUACUGCAUGAUGGUCGAGCAAGCAGCAUUGUGGAAGGCAGAAACAUCCUACCACUAUUCCCCACGUCUCCAGCUAUCGACACUAACUCUAGCCCCCAGCUGCCUCAGCCUGAGCCUGAGCAGACAACUCAAGUGAUCAAGGUUGUGCCUCAUAAUGCAAGAUCUGCAACUGAAUCUGCUGCAAGAAUUUUUCGGUCUAUACAAGAAGAGAGAAGACAGUAUGAUUCUGCUUGACCUCUUUGUGUCUUGGACCACCAGUCCAUCUUGAACCACCUGCUGAUUCACAUUGGUUUGGUUUUUGAGGUUCAAGUUGUUCCAGCUAUUUUGCUCUGUGACUUUUGUAACUGGGAUCUUUUGUCUUAGAAUGGUUGCAAGUUGUGUAGAUAUAGCACUAGAUCGAUACUGUAUGGCAGUGACAGUGAUUAUUACAGGUGUUGUAUCCAUCUUUGUACUUCUUUUUCGUUUUUGUAGUUUGACAUUGGGACUAUUCAUUUAUUUUUGACAAAACUAAGUGUAAUCAGUCAUAUAGAGAUAGUGCUUUAUGUAUCAAAAUUGGUUAAUGAUAAUAGUUGGGGUUUGCGUUCUAUAAUGUGCA